AUGGCUCCUCUCGGCGUCAACUUCGCCUGCGCCCUCUACGACCGCAUGGUCCCCCUGGCCAGCGGCGAAGUGCCCACCCCGGGCCUCAACGUCAACUUGGUCGAGGUCCAGCACCCGCGCGACAUCUUCGACCGCAUGGUCGCCAACAAGGAAUUCGACGUCUCGGAGCUGUCGGCCUCGGAGUACGUCACGCGCCACGUCGCCGGCGACCGCAGCUUCGUCGCCAUCCCCGUCUUUGCGUCGCGCGUCUUCCGGCACUCCUUCAUCUGCGUCAACGCAAACAUUGUCAAGAAGCCCGAGGACCUCAAUGGCAAGCGCAUCGGCGUGCAGCUGUACAACAUGACGGCGGCGGUGUACAUCAGAGGUAUAUUGAAACACGAGUACGGGGUUGACCUGUCGACGAUUGAGUGGGUGCAGGGCAAGAUGGAAACGCCUGGGUCUCAUGGCCAGCCGUCAGUGCUGCCGCUGUUGAAGCCCGUCAACAUUACCAACAAUACAGACCCGACCAAGUCGCUCUCAGACCUGCUGGAAUGCGGCGAGAUUGCUGCUACCAUAGGCGCCGAUAUUCCCGAGUGCUUGGGCCGCGCGCCUCAUGUUCAGAGGCUGUUUCCCAACUUCAAGGACGUCGAGAGUGACUACUACAAGCGAACGGGCAUCUUCCCUAUUAUGCAUUUGGUCGCCUUCCGUCGUGAGUUUUACGAAGCAAACAAGUUCGUCGCGUCGGCAUUGUUCAAUGCGCUGGAGGAUAGCAAGGAGAUUGCUCGGAAGCGAAUGGAAUCACUCGGUGCUCUAAGAUACAUGUUGCCGUGGCUGGGCAGAGACCUCGACGAGAUCAAGGAGACGUUUGGAGGAGACUGCUGGCCGUAUGGUCUGGAGGAGAACAGGAAGACGCUGGAGGCGCUGGUGCGGUUUCUUUACGAGCAGAACAUGAUUGAGCGGACGGUGCCUAUCGAGGAGCUGUUUGCUCCGGUUCGACGCAUCAACUUUCGCAUUGGUUAG